AUGGCAAAUGGGGAUUACUUGCAAGCUGUGUAUAUGGUUGGAAAAAUUGUGGUGCCUAAACAAAGGAAUGAUUCUAGUUGGUCACCUCCCCCUCCUGGGGUUUUAAAAGUCAAUGUAGAUGGAGCUUUUUCUUCCUCUCGCGGCAUUGCCGCCUUUGGUGUAAUUGCCAGAGAUAGUAGUGGAAUUGCUCAAUUUUGGUGGUGUGGGAAAGUGAAGGUGUCUUCAGCUUGUGCGAUAGAGGCCUGGGCGCUACGGAUAGCUUGCAAUUCAGUAAUUGAAGCAGAUUAUUCUCAAGUGAUUUUCGAGUCUGAUAAUCAAGUGGUGAUUCAGAGCGUUCAAGGAAGAAUUAAUUGUCCAUGGGAAAUCUAUACUGUGGUGGAAGAUAUCAAAACUUGGGCUAAAGAAAGAAAUUGGUCCUUCACCUGGGCUGGUAGAAUGAAGAACAAGGCUGCUCAUUGGUUGGCUUCUUAUAGUAUUAGCAGCUGUUCUUCUAUUCAGUUGGGUUGUAUUCCGCUCGAUUUUGAUUCUAUUUUGCGUAAAGAUUGUAACUCGUGA